CUAUAAUUGGUCACCCAUUAUAAACUUUCUAUAAGUCCUGAUGCAUAGAAUACAGCGUUAGUUUAUAUCAAACCAACGUUUUCACAACAUGGAUGUUUAUGAUAACUACACGUAUACCUAUGGUAAUGAGUAUAAUGAUUAUAACGAGCAGAGAGAUGAUACAACUACCGUCUUUAUAACUAUAGAACUGAUAUUGACUGUCCUAAUUGUUAUUUUCAACGGGGUGCUUAUCUUAGCCAUUCUUUUAAAUCAAGAUCUUCGAAGCAAGUCAAAAUUCCUUUUGAUUUUAACUCUAUCCAUUAGCGAUUUGCUGGUGGGACUUAUUAUUCAACCGAGUAUAGCCUAUUUCCAUUAUGAACUAUCGACAUCUAUGGAUUGCAAUGUUCCUUUGUUGUACGCAAGAGAAAUUGCUCUAACUUUUGAAACAUCCAUUGCAAUACUCCUAGUUGGUGCCAUUGGUGUUGAUUGGAUAACGGAGAUUGCAGUACCUAGUUAUACAGAUAAGGCUAGAUACCGCUUUGCUGCAUUUAUGACGUCAUCUAUCUGUAUUGGAACAGUCGUAAUUCUUAGUUUAUUGAUUUUCCCCAAUCUUCAAACAAACCGUCAUUUUUGUGUUUAUACAUUUGAAUUUCCAUACAACAUUAUCAUCCCGAAUGCAACUGUACUACCACAGUCAUUAUUUGUCUUCAUAACUACUGUUUUGGUGAUUGUAACUCGACGGAGGGCAACAAGAUCACCCAACAUUCCCGAAAUCCCUUGUGACAUCAUCAUGGCUUCCGUGAUAACCUUGAUAUGCAUAUUAUCUUUAACGGUUUAUAGCUUCAUCCUCCUAAUGGAGACAAAAUAUGCCUCACUAAUCUUCUAUUAUAUCAUUUCGCGUAUAGAAGCAUCAAGACGCGCCAUUUUGCCACUAGUAUGGCUGAUUAACAGAUAUAGCCGUAAGGAAAUGAUUAGAAGUUUGACUGAAAUAAUCAGAUGUAAAAAUUCUGCUAAUAUGAAUAUUGAAAUGUCUGAAAACAUAACAAAUGAGAAUAAAUAGGGUCAAGCAAUGCAAUUGUAUAUUUUUGGGAGUUUUGUGUUGAGCAAAAUUUAUAUAUCAUGGCCAAACAUUUAUUCAGCCUGGUUUAAACUUUUAUUUAUCCGAGAUUUAUUUAAUUGAGCUGUGAGAAGCGUUGUACGCUCUUAAGCGGGUGCAGAAGGCGAAAUGAACAUUGAAAAUGCCAUGAUAAUUAUAAAACUUCUUAUAUAAACAUGCAGAUUUUUAUCUUUUUAUCCGAAUACAAUAAAACUAUGGAAUUGUCUUCCUGCGUACGUCCAAUUAUCGCCGUCUCUAAAUACUUUGAAGUCCAAUCUCUUAAGUCAGUAUCCAAUACAUAAAAUAAACUCAUUAUGUCAUUAAUAAACCGUAAAGAAUAUAUAAUGCUUUUCCAACUAUAAAGAAACCAAUCCAGUAAUCUCAACUAUCACAUUUUCUGCCACUUCCUGUCAAAAUCAAAAAUAUGCCCAUUCUAUUUAACUAUCAGAUUCUAACUACCUAAUUCAUUAAAGGUAGUUACUAACACUAAUAAUAUAGAUCUAAUUUUGAAUGGCUCUGCAAAUCUUUUGAAAAAUUAUAUUAUUUUGAUAUUUGAAACAGUCCAUAAUUUUAUAAAGAGUACCAAAUGCUUUUGAUUAUCUUUUACAUAGUGCUGUGUAUAUCUAAAUAAUCAUUUCCUCGUGAAACUAUUUUAUAUUCGGUUUUACAAUUUAUGUUUGAUCUUAUUUUUGUGUAUAUGUGUAUAUUAUAUCGUUUACUAUUUUCUGCCUGUAUCUCUAUAGGAAAAAACUUAUAUAGGUCUUGCAUGUUCAUCAAUCCUUUUCAAAUGAAUAAAAUAUUAUUGUUAAAAUAAAGAGGGCGAAAUCCCUGGAAGGUUUUACGAUUCUGAACUGUUUCUUGGUCUAGGGAGCGAAAUGAAAUGGGGUUUAGCGUGCUAUUUUACUUUUCUGCAACAGCCGGGAUAAUGGAGACGUGUGUAUGAUGUGACCAAAAACAUGGUGGGGCCCAGGCUCUAGGGCCCUCAUCAUCAGGGACCUCCUUCAAUCUAUGAAAUCGUCUGAUUUCUUGAUUGAAUCUCGUAAUAUCAUAUUGUUCUUAGUGUUCGACGUUCGGCAAAAAUCGACCCGGUCGGUUACUAUUGCCAAUUAACGUUGUGGCCUUCACGGAUACGACUCACCGUAUCAAGGUCUCCUCGUUAUUUAUCACUAACCGACUUUAAAUUAUACUGCCUAAGUUCAGGUCGUGUGUGUUAGGUUGGGGGAUCCCAAAUAUUCAAGGCCCAGGGCCCCCACCGCUUGGUUAUUUCGGCGCGGAAAAACACUUCAUAUUAUGUCCAUAUACUUUUUGGAAAGCUUUCUUGACAAUCGAUAGAUUUUAACAAAGAUUUCACUGUAUCGUA